AUGGUCAGCUCCUGUUGUGGCUCUGUCUGCUCUGAGGAGGGCUGUGGCCAAGGCUGCUGCCAGCCCAGCUGCUGCCAGACUACCUGCUGUAGGACCACCUGCUGCAGGCCCAGCUGCUGUGUGUCCAGCUGCUGCAGGCCCAGCUGCUGUGUGUCUAGCUGCUGCAGGCCCCAGUGCUGCCAGUCUGUGUGCUGCCAGCCCACCUGCUGCCGCCCCAGCUGCUGUCGCCCCAGCUGCUGCAUUUCCAGCUGUUGCAGGCCUUCCUGCUGCCGCCCAAGCUGCUGUGUGUCCAGCUGCUGCAGGCCCUCUUGUUGCAUCUCCAGCUGCUGCCGCCCCUGCUGUGGUAGUUCUAGCUGUUGUGGAUCCAGCUGCUGCCGCCCCACCUGUUGCAUUUCUAGCUGUUGCAGGCCUUCCUGCUGCCGCCCCAGCUGUUGUGUGUCCAGCUGCUGCAGACCCCAGUGCUGCAUCUCCAGCUGUUGCCGCCCCAUCUGCUGCCAGACCACCUGCUGCAGGACCACCUGCUGCCGCCCAGCAUGCUCUAGUGGUUCUUGCUGCUGA